AUGGGAAAAGCUACCAGAUGGUUGAAGGGUUUGUUUGGUAUGAAGAAGGAGAAAGAACAAAGUGACAAAUCAGAGCCAUUGAAAGAACGCCGUAACAAGUCAGGGCCAUUGUUUGUUGACAAGAAAGAAAAGAAACAAUCAUGUAAGGAUCAUCAGAGUCGCAGAACCUAUGUUGGUGAAAAAACGAAUAAUUACAACAAAAAAGCAGUUUUUUCGAGGUCAUUGAGCCAUGGCAGCAGUAGAGGAUCAUGGUUUUUUGAUAGUAGGGAGUGGUUAGCUGCUCUAAUGAUUCAAUCUUUUUUCAGAGGCUAUUUGGCGCGAAAAGCUCAUCGAGCACUAAGAGGAUUGGUUAAGAUACAAGCUCUGGUUAGAGGCUUUCUAGUUAGAAAAAGAGUUGUUGCAACACUUCAUAGUAUUCAAGCUCUGAUGAGAGCUCAAGCUGUUGUCCGUGCACGACGAGCGCGUAGAUCAUUUGAUAAGGAGAAUGUUCAUCCGUCGCAUAUCCGAGGACGAAAACAUGUGCCAAUGUAUGAUGAAGCUAGAAAUGUACAACAUGAUGAAUGGCUUCACAAUUCUGCCUCAAGUAGAUUUGAUCCAAACCGAGAAACUGUCGCAAUUGAUCCUCACAGGACUAGUUCAAGAUCUUCAAUCUCGGAAUAUAGAGAUGAUAUGCAUCAUCACUACUAUGGAACAACAUCGUCCUCUCUUCCUACUUAUCUUUCGCAUCGAAAUUCUGUUCACGAAUGCAAACAUUCUCAAGAUUUUGAUUGGUGCUUUGAUAAUGUUAACGACGAACAUAAAUUCGUCACUGCUCAUUGCACUCCUCGUUUAUCAAACUCUUCUCAAGCUAAUACCCCGUUGGCGAAGAGUGUUUCUGAAGAGACGGGCUUGUUCUUGCCUUACUCUAAUUGUCCUAACUACAUGGCUAAUACUCAUUCGUCUAAGGCAAGAGUGGUAAGGUCUCACAGCGCUCCAAAGCAAAGAUCUGAGGUCAAGAGAAGGGUUCCACUUGAGGAAAUAAUGGCCACAAGAAAUAGCACAAGUUCUGUUAGAAUGCAUUGGUAA